AUGAUAAAGCAAAAUAUCACUCGUAUAAUUUCUUUAGCGAUUGUCCCAUUAGCACCAUUUUUUGCAUGUUUAUUUUCCUCAUUAACACCACUAGGCGUCAAAGAGUUUAGAGAGUCGGCUUAUCUCACAACGGGGUAUAAUAACUUACUUUACGCAGUUCCGUUUUUCGGUGUUGUUGCUGGGCUUUUUGCUUUUGUUGCGGGGUGCAUCUUUUUUAGGAAUCACGAGUCCCCCAAAUUUGAGUGGACGAUGUGGCUUCUAAUGACGUCGACAACAGUAUUCAUGAUCUUAUUAUGGUUCAUUGGCAUGAUAGGAGCACCGGCACACGAGAAAAAUCACUGGGAGGAGUAUCAAACCAAAGACUAUUUCUACGAAUUGUACAAUGAUUGUUGCUCCUACAAAUUCCGAGCGCCUACGUGUGGGUGUCAAGAGCUCAAUUGUGAAGAUUGCACAAAGCCUUAUAAUGUUCAGUACUAUACAAACGGAUUUACUUCGUCAAUAGUUCUUGCGAUCAUGUUGAUUUUAUCGUUUGUGAUGAUGAUCUUCUUGGAAAUGGCUGCUACCCCGUUCUACAUUUUAAUGAAGAGAAUAAGAGGCACUCACUCCACUUAA